GGGACAACGCCAGCGUAGGGAAAACCGCUCGUAGGGAAUCCGUUCGCGUAGUGGUGAUGAUGAUGAUAGCGUCACGUAUGACUCGCGCACUGGCGCCCUGGCGCCUCGCUGUUUUCAACGGUUCUCAGUUUGAAUUUCGGAUGUGGUUGCUGGUUGCUCCGUAGCUUUUGUGCAUGCUAGCGGCAUAACGCCGACCCAGAUAAGUACAAGUGCAUGAUUUGUGACAUGUGCUUCAAGAAAAUCUACAACCUAAAGAGGCACCUAAAGGAGGUUCACGGGGACGCUGACACGAGCUGGAUCACACUGUCCGCUGCCGCCUUGCAUGCGAUCUGUGUCCAACAGCUUGCUGCGCCACUUUGAAGCGAAACACGGGAUCGUCGCGAGGCGUGACAAGUUAAAGUUCAAUUUGUUGAAAGGUGCACAAUCCCCAAAAAGCUUGCACACCAACUGCACUGAUCAAAGCUAUGCAACUCAGAGUACUCCUGGAGAAGUGGCAAUCAGUUCAUUGCAUGACGGUUCAUCGACAGCUCAGGUUACCUUUUUUUCUGUAAUAAGCUGCAUGAGACUGUCACUGCGACAGUCCCAUGCAGUGUCGGUAAGGUGGGUUAACAUUUUUGUAAUGAGCCGCCGCGAAGCGGCGUGAACGCAGGCAGGCAGGCAGGCAGGCUUGUGGGUGGGUUAAUACAUACCCCAGUGAUACACGCAAGACGAAAUGUCCCUACAGCAUGCAAUUCGCAUAACAAGCAUCAAUGAAACGAUUGUGUUGACAAAACGUGUCCAUGAAAAGUUGUCCGCGAAACAUAAUUUUACGAAGCGAGUUUCGAUGAAAUGAAAGGGACCCUUUAUGGACUGGCAUGCGCUGUGUAGCCGGAAACCCAUAUUUGACGUCAUAAACGGUGAAUGUGAAACAUGGCUACCUUGCGUUUGCCAACAAUUUUGCACCAAAUAAUUGUCAUAUUUGGAUUCAUGGGGUAAAACCAGGCAAGAAUUGACCUCCAACUACAUUUUAGGAACCACUUCAGCUUUCUUUAAGCCAUGUUACUUUACAAGCAUGACUUUCACAUCAGGACAUCAACAGGAUCGCCUCCUAAAGCACACCUGUGCAUGGGAAUAGCCAUACUUCCAGUGUAUAUACCUUAUAACAUCCUGAAGGAGUAUUUUACCACAUGCAAUUCAUUUAGCACUGAAUUGUUUGUGUGGUAACAUACUUCCUCGUUACGUUAGGUCGAGAAAGAGUUGAAUGAAUGUCCGAGCCCUUUUUAAGACAAAAUAGAAUGUCAAUUUUUAUUCCUCGAGCCAACACUUGUUCUCGUGCACUGACGCUAAAGCUUGUGGAUAGUGUUGCAAGUCGUGUUGCAAGUUGCACCAGGGAACGGUGACACUAUAGCAAGGUAGAACAAGAGGUUUAAUAUGGCGAUCGGCUCAGAGCCAGGUACGUUCUAGCCACGGGCGCAAGGCACGAGUUCAUGCGCACGAUCCGCGGAGCUCUAUCUGCUCGGCUGCUCAGUGUAGCCAACAUCUCUCCCAUACAGAAGAGUCAAAGUCUCUGGGGAGCCUUGACGCAUCGGCCACUUCUCGUGUGUGAAUGAAGAUUGCCUUCACAUUCUGUACGUGGCUCUUGAGCAUCUUCGCUGUCAACAACUUCCGCAUCCCACUUCUGACACCAUGUUGCAAGUCGUGUUGCAAGUUUCGCCAGGAAAGGUGACACAAUAGCAAGGUAGAAGAAGAGGUUUAAUAUGGCGAUCGGCUCAGAGCCGGGUACGUUGUAGCCACGGGCGCAAAGCACGAGUUCAUACGCACGAGCCGCGGAGCUCUAUCUGCUCGGCUGCUCAGUGUAAGCUUAAGCACAUAACCUUAAGCACAUAAGCUUAAGCACAAACCUGACACACCUGAUUGUAGCGGCUUUGGCCGUUGCCACAGGUAUGUAUGAUGGGAGUAUGGCUACCUGGGGAGUGAAGUAGAGGGGUCACAGUGUUACCCUAGUAUCCCGGGAGAUAGCCCACCUAAAAUCAAGAAAAAAAUGGCUCAAAUUAAGGAGUGGGCUCACUUGCAGUGUAAAGCAAUAAUAGCUCUACUUGCCAGUCGGCAAUGGUUCAUUAUAUCUUGCCGUAGCUAACUCGACACAAUAACUAGACACAUGAUAUCCCCAAUAGCUAACUAAAAGAAAAAAAAGCAAAUGAAGCCAAAAACUGGGGUGGCUUACCUUUCGAGGCUGGGGCAUCUCUCAGAAUUUUACGGUAAGCAUAUAUCUCACGUCUACAGUUUACAUGGUACCAACACACUAGGGUUUUUCAGCUGCUCUUGUGACUGCCACUAUAAUGAGACUUGACUCUUUUCUAGGGGUGUAUGAAUACUUUAAUAUCGGAAUACAAAUCAAAUAGUAAGCUCUCGGAUAAAUCGAUUCGCGAAUAAAAUUCUUAGUGUUUGGUUAACCGUAGAUUUAAAGUGUUCUGUGAAAGAUGCGCGGUCCACACGGAGCAAAAGAAACUUGUGCUCCCUCUCCGUUGUAGUGCGCACUUGCAUUGAACUUAUGAAUAUGCAAAACAUAUUUUAGUUUGUGUUUUUUUUUUUUUUUUGUCCUCCCGUCACUCACAUAGCAGGUGCACUUGCAAACACCACACAUGUGGGGAGCAGUGAACCUGUUCUUGCAGACCGUAGUGUUUUGGAGUGCACCUACUAUGUGGGCAUUGGAAGCACGAAAAAAACCAUGGACUGCAUGCUACAGCUAAAAGUCUGAUUGGGAUGUACAUUUAGUGAAACAAACAAGAUGUUUUGAAGCAGUGGAGUAUAUGAUGUGACUGAAAUACCACUCUUAAUUCAGGCCAUUUCAUUUUAAGCUUUCUUUCUUCUCUGCCUGCCAGAAUUCAGUGACUGGAGGGAGGCUAGGGAUGGCAGAGAGCAUGUUCGCUUCAUUCUCCACGACGGACCCAAGGGACGAGAUGAGGGUGUCCUGAAAAGGUAUUACUACUGCCACCGCUCUGGAUCAUUUCAGAGCAAGAGGUAAAUGACAACUGAGAACCCAGGGCACUUGUAAGACUAAUGUGCAAUGCUUAGCCACAAUUCAAGCUACAGGGAAAGAUGGCAAGGUGACAGUAGAGUACCAGGCAGAACACUACGGCCACCCGAAGGAACUGAAGCACCAGCGCCUCUUUACGACUGAGGAGGAGGCUUUAGCUGAUAAACUAAAGCAAGGCAUCCCCGCCCUUAAAGAUCUGGUAGACGCACAUUCUUCUGCUGGCAGUGAGAUGGGCAGGCUACAUUUACUCUCAAUGAAAGACAUUGGCAACAUCUCCGUCAAGCAUGAAAUUCUGACGAAAGAGCUACGGCACUGAACAAAGUCAGAUUCUUCAGUCCUGUACUGACAUGGAGGAAGGAAAACAAAAAGAGAGCUUUGAGCUUGCCCUGAUGACUGUCCCUCAGAAAGAACGCCUCACAAAGCUUGGCCCCAAGUUUCUGUGCAUUGACUACACUCAUAAUAUAAAUGGCCACAAUCUGCAACUGAACACUCAUGACAGCUGCAGAAGAUCACUCAGGCAUGCCAUGCACAUAUUUGAUCUCAAAGUAACUAGGCACCAAGGCUAUGAAACGCUCCUUAAAGCCAUAAAGGUAAUGCAUGGGAGGAAGUGAUGGGCUGUGCCCAACAUUGGAUGCUCUGCUCGUGGCAUGUAAGCCACAACUGGGCUCUGAAGUUGCAGUCAGUCCAAGAUAUAAGCAAACCCGUGACCGUCUUUGCGACGAGUUGUGGGCGCUGAGAAAUUGCAAAUAUGAGGGUCAAUUCCAACGAGCUCCGACAGGCUUCCCGUGUCAGAAACUAAGUGAAGAGACUGAUCCAAAACUAAUUCAACAAGUACACGAGUUUCUUCAGUACUUCGGGCACUACCACGGUGGCAGAGCCUAACAGUGGGUGCUCUGCUUCAGAAAGGGCAUUCCUUUUAAUACUACGAACCUUUUGGAGGCAAUGUACAAGGACCUGAAGUCACGCUACAUGCAUGGAACUCGCAACCAGAGGCUCGACAAGCUGUUGAUGAUCCUCUUCGAACUGAGCCGUGACCGGCUUUACAAGCGUCCCAAGUCGCUCGUAAAAGGAAAAACGAAUCGGCAUGAUGCAGCCCUUUUUCGGAGGCACCAGGAGGGGAUGAAAAUUCCAGCAUCAGAUGUAGAACAUCUGCAAAAUGGCAAUGGCUGGCUUGUAAAGUCUCAGUCCCAGACAGAGAGAAGCUACCAUGUUGAGAAGGGCGACCCCCGCCAGAGUUGCGUGCUUUGUUGCAGGGACUGUGACAUCUUUAUCAACAGUUACAAGUGCACUUGCAAUGACAGCCUGAUUUCAUCAUUGAUGUGCAAGCAUAUUCACGCAGUAGCUUACCUGGGGCUUCAUGUGACGACCGUGGAGGAGGCCGACACUGAGGCAGGUGUAGAAAUGCCAUCAACAACACGUGAAGCAACAGGCUUUACGUUAGAUGAUGAGCCACAGUCCCUCUUGGAUGACAUUCGGCAGGGUAUUGAGGUAGGGAUGGAGAAGACUCAACCAAAUUCAGAGGACAACAUAUGUUUAACAAUAAGUGGACUGAACAAGUCCCUCUCCAGGAAGAAAUUGACAAGCUCCCUGGUGUUGAAAUACCAUACCAAGGCCCAGGAAGUACUUGACUCUGUUCCAGAUGAGACUUCUCCAAAACCUAGGGUAAUCCCUCACAACAAAAAGAUGAAAAAACAACCACGGUACUUUCCCCCCCAAAAAACGCCCUGGUUCUGGUCCCAUGCAUGGCAAACCUCCCACCAGCUUGGAGCAGCAGCACAUCAUGUAGGGCCUUGUAGCCAGCCAAGAGGGAGUGACCACUGGCAACCCAAGCACGAGGGUCUGCUACAGGAAGCAUAAUCAUAUAAGUCGGCCCUGUGUGCACGGGAUAGUUCGUAACGGGCUAGGUGAGAUUCAAUUGCCAGCAUUUUAAAAAGCGAUAACUCAGAGGAGAGUAAAAGUACAAGCAAGCUGGUGAAUUGCAGACGAAAAACUGAAACACCGGAAGGAAAAAGACACGAAAAAAAGGAUGACACACACACACCGUCUCGAACACAGCUGAAGGUUUAUUCUAAAACCACACCCUUUUAUAACGGUACACCACAGUCAACGCCAAGAACCCUCACACCAAGUCACACACCCAGACUGUCAGCAAGAGCAAACAAAAGAAAUGCACUCGACGCUUCCAUAUGUGCCAAGGUCAAGCAACUGACAAAAAAAAAAAAAAAAAAUUGCAUUGGUCAAAAAGUUUGUGCUUGCUUGUGAAUCACCAUCGACGAGACACUUACACAAUUUCCAGCAGAACCAAUACUAAGAGUUUC